AUGGCUCGUUACGACCGCGCGAUCACCGUAUUUUCCCCCGAUGGGCAUCUCUUCCAAGUUGAGUACGCCCUGGAGGCCGUUCGCAGGGGAAACGCUGCCGUGGGUGUCCGCGGCACAGACACCGUCGUGCUCGGUGUGGAGAAGAAGUCCACUCCGAAGCUCCAGGACUCCAGGUACGCCCUCCACAAUUGUAGGUUUACGACGACGGUCGAUUGCAUUCUCGACUUCCCUCAGACAAUGUUUUGUCUGCAGAACCGUGAGGAAGAUCGUUAGCUUGGAUGACCACAUAGCCUUGGCCUGUGCUGGGCUCAAAGCCGACGCCAGGAUCCUGAUCAACAAGGCACGCAUCGAGUGCCAGAGCCAUAAGCUUACGGUCGAGGAUCCCGUCACUGUCGAGUACAUAACCCGGUACAUCGCCGGGCUCCAGCAGAAGUACACUCAGAGCGGAGGCGUGAGGCCAUUUGGUCUGUCGACGUUGAUUAUAGGUUUUGAUCCCUACAAGGAAACACCCGCCCUCUACCAGACGGAUCCUUCUGGAACAUUUUCGGCCUGGAAGGCAAAUGCGACUGGGAGGAAUUCCAAUUCGACGAGGGAAUUCCUUGAGAAAAACUACAAGGAGACAUCUGGGCAGGAGACGGUGAAGCUGGCUAUUCGCGCUUUACUUGAAGUAAGCCAGCUCCUUAUUAUUUAUUUUUCUGGGCAUGUCCAUGAGUCGUUUUUUCUCAAUUUAGCGCCAUUAUUUUUCGUUACACUGUCUUAAAAGGUAAUCCCCUUGGUGACCUCAUUGCUCAUUAUAUUUACCUAGCCGUUGCAUAACCUUUAGUCUUUGUGUGCGGUCCUCAGAAAACAUAGGGAAAAUGACCACGUAUGAACGUUAUCACUAGCGUGAUUUACUUUUUCCAUGUGGAACAAUGAUUUACUGUUUUUUAGUUGGCGAAUACCGUCCACCAUAGUUUUUCAUCGAUUCAAAUGACCUUGCGUGAGAGAUAGGAUGAAUAUAAAGGUGGCUUUGAUUAAACAAUCCAGGAUUCGUAUUUUUUGGUUUGAAGGGUGAAAAUGUGAUCAAAUCAUCUGUCAUCAUCCACUUUGAAUGCACUCUUUUAUUUAGAACAUGAUAUCCAUUUCUUUUAAUGAGGCUUAAGAGAGGUCAUUUUCCACUGGCCUACUCAGAUCUCCCCACAGCAUGGAAAAUGUUUCACAGGAUGGAUGGCCAUUCUACAUACGUAGUCCACGUACUCCUCUAACAUUUUUUCAUCUAAAGUCGAUCAGUAUCCCUGCCAUUUAUAAUUUGAUACCAUGACCGUGCCCUCAUGUGGUCCGGUACUUCAAGAAGGAGAUUUCUAGUUUUUAUGGGCCUCAUGUCUUUUCUCCUUGUUGUUCUCCUUGUUGUGGCGAAUACUCACAAUCUUGUGUAAGAUUAUUUGAUAGGAACAAGGAUUCUGUGGACAGAGGGGGUGUCUCCAAUAGAGGAAUGGACAUAGUGAUUAUAAUAAUUUUCUGAUGAAAAGAGUGCAAGAUAUUUUAGAUUGUAAGAAACUUCAAUGAAUCAAUCUUGAAAGUGCAUGUCGAAUCCCCAGAAUCAGAAUAUCAUAUCAGAGAAAAAGAUGAUUCGAGGUAAAUGUUACAGAAGAUUGAGACUAUUGAAGUUUGAAUCGGACUGCCAGAACAGCAAAGACAUUGAACAUAAUUCUGGAAAGAUGGGAGACAAAAGUCAAGGAAAGUUCGUGAGUCUCUGGAGAGAAGAGUGAGAGUGGUAGCUUUGAAGUUUCAUAGUGUUAUUGAUGUCCCUGAAAGUAAAUCGUCAGAGAAAGGUGAAGAUCGUGAACCUAUGUUAAUGCACGAGCCCCGAGGUAAGGUGCACCAAUGUAGGGCGAACUGGCAAGCCCGGGGUAAUGUGUAUCAACAUAACGCUAGCAUAAAAACUAAGAUACUGUCAUUAUCAGCUGAUACGACGCUGAUCAACUGGUUUAGAGUGAAGUUGGUCGUUAUUCCGAUUCGAGGGAAACUCUUAACGUGUUAUAGAGACUUUAAAAAUACAAGUCAGACAAAUUAGGUGCCCUUAAGCCUUUCCUGGUAUAGGUGGAGGAAGAAGAGGAGGAAAGAGAGAAAUGACUAGAAGAAGUGUACACAUUGCUGACUACAGUUGCCAGAAACUUGGUUUCCCAGUCACCCUUUUUUCAUCUUCCCUCCAUAUCAGCUAUAAGUAUGAACAACGGGUGUGGAGAACCUUAUUGUGGCCUGUUACUACUGCUGUCACCUCUGCUAGUCCUCCACACUGUCUUCUUCUUCAUUCUUAUUUCCUUCUGGAAAAGGAAACGGAUGGAGGUUGCAAUGUGUCUUUUUUUUUAUUUCUUUUCUGUUCUUUUAUUUAAGUUGCAAAAUAUCCUUAUUUUUUACUCUUUAGUUUUUGCAUUAUUGGCCAGAUUUAUCUCUUUUCUAUCGAAUCUUAUUCGUUGUGUAUGCUUUUUCUCAGCUAAGUCAGAGUUUUGUACGGUACUCAUAGGACAUGCCAGCCACAGUCCAAAUGUUACUCUCCAUUCCCGUUUACAAUUUAUACUUGUCUCCUAUCCCUACCUUUUCAUGGCAACUCGUUCCUACGCUGAUGUCCUAUGUCCCUUAUGUUCUGAUCACUCCUUUCGUUUCUUUUAGGCCUUGUAUGAUCUUGGUUUCUUAUUGAGUUGGCUUGCUUGUAGAAUUUGUGCUGAAAUUGGUCAACUUUUCGGUGGAUUGGAGUUAAGAGUAUCUCAAACGAAUUUUCAGACCUUUGAAAGUUUUUUAGAUAAUUCUAUCAGCCUUUAAUUUGGACAAUUCAUUGUGACUUUGUGAAAGCCCAUCCCACUUGCGUGAGUUGAAUAGGCUUUUCAAGACUUUGAUCCCAACAUGUAUUAAGAUCAUCUCAGUCUGUAUGGUUGAAGUUGCAAAUAUAUUUUACCUUCAAAGAUUUUUGUGUACACAUUCGUGUCAAAACUUAGUUGAUUGGAGUCGCAAACAAUUCAAUAUAGCAUGACAUCUAACCUGUGGAUUUGUAGAUUUAUCAUGCCUAUGAUGAACGAACGAAAUUCUCUCAGUUUAAAUUGUUUCUGAGAGAUUGUUGCAUUCCUCUAGUUUUUCAGUAUACCAGCUGGGGAUGCCUGAUGGGUCUUCUUUGAAUUGUUAAUCUUGUAGAGGUUUUUUCUCUUUGCAAAUGGGUCUUCUCUCUUUUCAUAUUGUUCAUUGUAUCAGUUUACUUCUUUAGCUCAUUUUGUGAGUGAGCGCUUCGUUUUAUCUACCUUCUCUAUGCUUGCAAAUGUUUUCUCUCCACGAUAGCAUAUUUUUUGUUAGGAAUAAGCAAUAAAUAAUGUUGAGUAAAGUUCUUUAAGAUUUUGGAGGAUUUGUAAUUCAAUGUAUUGGCAGAGGUGAUCAGAAUAAAGAAGUAAGAAAUAAUGUCGACAGACGCUGAAGGCCAGUGGGUUUAGCUAGCCCUUUGUGGUUCCAUUGGUAAAAGAAUUCAGCAUGCAUUGCAUCUUCAGGUUGGUGCCAUGUUUCCAGCAGUCCUAUUGGUUUUUUUUAGCACCAACAGUGAAAUUCGUGAGUAUCCAGUUGACCGGAGGAGGUAUGUGAAAGUAAGCCACGCAUGAGAAAUUAAAACAUGCUAGUCGCGUGUUCUUUUCGGCUUUAUCAUCGAAAGUGGGAAAUAAGUUGUGUGAAUUUUCUGAAACGAUUUCGAGCUGAUGACAGAGUUGAGUGAGGAUUACCAUGAUCAUUGCCUUAUUGAUGUUCCGAAAAUCUUUAUGCCUUGAGAGCCUGGUUCCCCCUUGGCCUUCUGUUGCUUGACUGGUUCCCACACCAUCUUUCUGCCCUCGUUAUUCUCUUUGAACGUUGAAAUAGACCGACCUCAUUCAAUCAGUUUUAUCCAAAAAUCUCACCCAUCUUUUUUCAAGAAUUUAGCCGAGGUCGUUUCCUCCCUUUAUGUUCGGACCAAUAUCCUUUUUAAAAAAUAAAAAUAAAAUAGAACGUGGGUCUUCUCAUCCUCCAGAAACGCAUGUCUCACUGAUGCUGCAGAUGUUGGAUAUGGUUCAUCUAUCUUUGGGAUUUUGCAGGAAAAUGCGUGUUUCUGAGAGUUUUUCUUCCCAUCUCUCAGUGACAGAUUGACGAUCAUUAUGUUUCAUGUAGGGUUUAUUAGUCCAAUCUACUAGAUCCAUGUGCCUGAAUAUUUCCAUUCACUUCCAUUGAUGAUUUGAUUAGAUAUUAGCAGAAAGGGAAAAAAUCGUUUCCCCUUUAGUCUGUGUGGCACAUCCUUUUUUGGAUGCGCUCUUCUUGGAUGGGCAUCCGUGGACCUAGCCGAGGCCUUGCUGGGGCUGCGAGCAAGACAGAGGUAGAGGUAGUCACGGGGUGGCACAGCAGACCUGAGGAUGUAACGAGGAUUCCUCUGAAUGGAGCUGUGAAGAUGAAAGUGAGCGAUGGAGGAAGGGAUGGGCCUGUGGGUUUUCCAUUUCUAGCCAAGGGAUGCAUUUUGUCAUCAAUCAUUCAUGCAAAGCUUCCAUGAUUAUCGCGUCCGAUUUUAUCUUCUUGGAUGCUUAUUUAAUAAGCUUGUCAUUCAUUUAUCUUCUAGUCAUCAUCAUUUUGUUCUUCUUGGUUCAUUCGUUGUGAAUAUGCUCGACUUCUUCUCAUCACUCUUACCGAAGUUUCGUCUUUAUUGCGCCCAAAUCAACCAUCUUCCAUGCUUGUUUAUACGCUGGAAACUGGGUGCUCUCUCUCUCUCUCUCAUAUCACCGUUCCCGGCGAGUUCCGUCCAUAAUUCAGGUUUAUGAAGCCGGCACUGACCUUCCUCACCCAUUGUUUAUUAUCUCUAUCCACGCACAGGUCGUCGAGAGCGGAGGGAAGACCAUCGAGAUCGCCGUCAUGACCAAGGAGGGCCUCCGCCAGCUUGAAGAGGCCGAGAUCGACGCCCUCGUCGCCGAGAUCGAGGCCGAGAAGGCGGCUGCUGAGGCUGCCAAGAAGCCCCCUCCCAAGGACACAUGA